AACAAGAGACAAGACGCGUCUUGGAUCACAAAUAGGGAUGCAGGGCGCAUGCGCACUGAGCUCCAUUUACUGGAGGAUAUUCACCGUGGAGGAAAAAGGGGGCAGGCAACAAAUCAGGCUUUUUCUAAAAGCAAAAACCCGACGAGAGCAAUGUAAAUAACCUUAAGGAGUGAUACAAAUUAGGAUUAUCAACAGGUAGGAUUUUAAUUGUUCUUUUGAUCGGCUGUGUGUCUGUCUCCCUCUCUUUCUCGAUCUCCUUUUUUUUUGGCCUUGUCUUGUGUGGUGGCUGCGAUUCUGGGCAUUUCAUAGCGGAGACUUGGGAAUAAUAUUCUAAUGGACGUAUACGGACCUGCCACAACAUUAUGCUUUAUCCAGCAAAUCUGGAUAUAGAAUAACGGCGGUGCUGGUUUUUUUUUUUUAUAUUCUUUCUUUUUUCGGAAAUCUAUCUGAUUCAGACGCGCGUAAAACACUCGACUGACAAUCGGAGGACGCAUUCAAACGCGGAUUUUUUUUCUUUAGGUGUGAUGAGACAAAGGAACAAAGGAUGCCUUAGAGGAGAGGUCGCCUGUACGUCUGGAAACCUCUUCAAAGCACACCGCCAAAUGGAUCUAACGCCUCCCCCUGCCACCUCUAGAUCAUGAUACUUGGCUGAAGCUAUUCCGCUAUCUUUAUGAUCCCUCCUCCAUCUAUGGCGAACUAUAGCCAUGCAGGGGACCACACCAUCUUGCAGAAUGUCUCUCCUCUCGCCACGUUCCUCAAACUGACCUCUCUGGGUUUUAUCAUUGGAGUCGGUGUGGUUGGAAACCUCCUGAUCUCCAUCCUGCUUGUCAAAGACAAGAGCUUGCAUCGAGCACCCUACUAUUUCCUGUUGGAUUUGUGCGCAUCUGAUAUCCUGCGCUCCGCCAUCUGCUUCCCCUUCGUUUUCACCUCGGUCAAAAAUGGAUCUGCGUGGACAUAUGGGACACUGACCUGCAAAGUAAUUGCCUUUCUGGGUGUGCUCUCCUGUUUCCAUACGGCAUUUAUGCUAUUCUGCGUUAGCGUCACGCGCUACCUUGCCAUCGCACAUCACCGUUUCUACACUAAAAGGCUGACCUUCUGGACCUGUUUGGCCGUCAUCUGCAUGGUUUGGACAUUGUCGGUGGCAAUGGCAUUCCCGCCGGUGCUGGACGUAGGGACGUACUCCUUUAUCCGGGAGGAGGACCAGUGCACGUUCCAGCACCGUUCCUUCAGGGCAAAUGAUUCGUUGGGAUUCAUGCUCCUGCUGGCACUCAUCCUCCUCGCCACACAGCUCGUUUACCUCAAGCUCAUAUUCUUCGUCCAUGACCGCCGAAAAAUGAAACCCGUCCAGUUCGUCCCUGCAGUCAGCCAGAACUGGACCUUCCAUGGGCCAGGAGCAAGUGGACAGGCGGCGGCAAACUGGCUGGCUGGGUUCGGUCGAGGCCCCACUCCACCUACGUUGCUGGGAAUCCGGCAGAACAGCAACGCCGCGGGUCGCAGGCGUCUUUUGGUGUUGGAUGAAUUCAAAACAGAGAAGAGGAUUAGUAGGAUGUUCUACAUCAUGACGUUUUUCUUCCUGGCACUUUGGGGGCCCUAUCUGGUAGCCUGCUACUGGCGGGUGUUUGCAAGGGGCCCAGUGGUCCCUGGGGGCUACCUGACGGCGGCUGUGUGGAUGAGCUUCGCCCAGGCCGGAGUCAAUCCUUUCAUCUGCAUCUUUUCCAACAGGGAGCUCCGGCGCUGCUUCAGCACCACCCUCCUCUACUGCAGAAAAUCCAGGUUACCACGGGAACCCUACUGCGUUAUAUGAAGGUUUUGCUGUGGUUUUUUUUUCUCAUCUAUGUCUCUAUUUCCCUGAUUGAUCUUGAUAUGGGCUUGUUCCCGUUGUACAGCGCACUCUCUCGUCUAUCUCUCUUCUCUUCAUCCUCCAGUUUUUCCUCCUGUUCCUCCUUCACCUAACCCUUCUUUUCAGAGGUAGAAGGUGGACGGCAAGACACAAGGCUCUGCCGUGGUGGUUAAACAUGAAAUGUAUCAAACAUGGAGGCUGAAGGGAAUGGGAAUACGCAGGAGGUCUGGAUCCCCUCCUGUGUUUAUGUUCUAGUAAACAAGACGUUGGAAGGCAAUGCCAAUGCAGAGAAGCAAAAAGUUGAAAAAGAAAAAAAAAAGAGAAAAACAAUUGACAAAACAAUGAAAACAAAAACUCUUUGUUUGGAUAUUUUCAUGAAUCUGUGAGGUGUGACAUGCAUAAAAAUGAAACGAUAAAGAAAAAUGAACAAAAACAAAGAAAUGAUACCUCUCAAGGAAUCACUGGAAAUGUUUUACAUUUUAAGAGUUGCACUAAAAAGAAGAUGUAAAGAUGCUUUUUUUGGUUGCCGGUUGCAUUGCUAGGACAACUUCUUCCUUUCUUUUUCCCCCCCAAACUAAACAAUGAAUGCUUUAAUUUGCAACAGACUACACAAUCGCUGUAAGUAAAAGCAAAACUUGGUGACUGUUGGAAUACACCACCACAAAAAGGAUAAAAUGGUUUUAAUGUAAAUGAUAUCCUUUUUCAUUUACCGGGCAGUGGUGGUGGGGAAGGGGGGGGGGGGGGGGGGGGGGGCUGGGUGGGGGGACUUUAUGGUGGGUAUUUACAAUGUGUGGUUUUUGAAGUUGCAACUUGCAAAAACUAGAAAUGAUUUUUCUUGUAGUUUUACGAUGCAUAUGUCUCUAGUGUCUGGCAUUGUUAUUUUCUUAUCACCUUUUACAGAAAAAAAGAGGAAAAAAAAGAUGAAAUGAUGUUUGGAUUUUCAAAAGAAGUUGCUUUUAAGAACAACCUUGUGCUUAAAAAAGACAUUGAAGAAGUAGUUAAAUGUUUCAUCAUAUCCAUGUACCUAAACACUAUCAUAUUGUUACAGUAUUGCUGAUGCCACUCCGGGUGUUCUUGCCUUAAUGGUUAUGAUAUUGUCAUGUUUUCCUUGGUUGUUGGGUUUCUUUUUAAGUUUUUUUUGUUAUGACAGUCACUUCUGGAAAAGUAAUUUUUUUUUAAGAAAGGGGAUUUUUAUGUUUCUUUUUCACAUCAAUGUGAAGUGCAUGUCCAUUUUUAAAAGCUGGUCCACUCCCAUGAGCAUCACAGGCCAUAACACUGAGCAGCCCAUUUUUAUUCUGCAACGGUUUGCUACACCCCACAGAGUGCUCAGAGCACAGGGAGUGCGCGUGUGUGUGUGUGCGCGUGUGAGUGCGUUUCAGAGUGUGUGUGUGCUGCGUGGAUCAGACAACAGUCACUUCAAGACCAGAGCCUUAGUAUGAAAUCUUGCACAAUUUGUAAAAAAUGUACAAAAAAAAAGACAAAAAAAGACAUUUAAGGCACACUGUCUUGUUUCUACUUUCCCUACAUUUGCUCUCAACUGAUUGUUUUCGAUGACUUACUUUUUUUCUCUUGUGGCCAUUUUAAUAUUUAUUAUGUAUUCUUUUUUGUAUAUUAUAGAUAGAUUGUGUGUAAGUAUGUGAGUCCUUUCAUUUUUUGAAGUCCCGAAUGUGAGUACAGUUUCAGUUAGGAUUGCAUUUGCUGAAAGUUAACUGUGUAAUCUGUUGCUUUUUUGAAAAUAAAAAGUUUCCAUUUUACAA